UUUACUGUCAAACUGUCAAAUACAUGACAAACAAAAAAUUAAAACAAAAAAUAAUAUCCAGUCGGAAAUUGUCGGUUUUUGGCUUCAAUGGACUCGCUAGUGGAUAGAUUUGCCUCCCUUAGCCCGCAGGACGACGAUGAAGAUGAAGGCCGCAAGUCCAAGAAGCCCAACUUAAAUGUCUCGGAGCUCUUUACCAUGGUGAGAGGCCUAAGCCUGAGCGACUCCGAGAAUCCGACCAAAACCGAGAGCAUGGACUUGAAGCCGGAGGAGCGCAAGGGGAACUCAUGCGAGGACAAAGUGGCCCGUCUUUAUGGGCACAUGCCCCCUGACUUCAACUGGGAUGAGGCUUCGCAAAAAGGCGACCCGGAGGUUCCUGACUUUGAGAUCGAUUUCGAAAACGCCUUCGAAAACCUGAGCAAGUUGGCAGAGGUCGAAAAACACCUUGAACUGCUCUACAAGCCCUUCACCUGUGUAAUGGACGUGAGCUGUCGCUUCAACAUGUUCGAGCUGUGCAUCCUCCUGCCCGACGCUCGCUACGAUCCCGUGAUCCACCCCUCCGUGGCCAUUAGGAUGCGAAAUCCCAGCGCCAAUGUUAAGAUAUUUUCAUGUGGAAAGAUGGUGUCUACUGCCCUGACCGCGGCCUCUGCCCGGAACGCCCUGUUCAAGGUUGUGCGGGUUGUCCAGGAGCUUGACUAUAAGGCGGAUAUUAAGAGCUUCAGCAAAAACAUCGUAAACGCUUCCUUCAUGAUGCCCUUCAAGAUCGAUCUUCAGCGGCUUAAACAGCUGUACUCGGACAAGGUCACAGACAACCACGCCAAGCGCCCCUUCAUUACCUACACCCUUGACGAUGACGGCGUCCGGUUCGCAGUGUUCCCCACCGGAUACGUCCUGGCCCUUCACUCUUCCGGUCGGAGUGAGACUACCGCCGCCAUAGCUGCGUUCUUGCCGAUCCUGGCCAGGUUCAUGAACGGGUAUGCGACGUCGGCAGAGCGCCAAGGUGGGAUGGUGGGCGACAUCUCAUACAAGCUACUCUGGGAGCGGAGGCUUGAAGAGGACAAGGAGGGGCUGCUGCUUUACUCCUGACGCAAGUGUUUUUUUUUUCUAAGGAUAGUGGCUUAAAAAUUUGUUUUGAUAUGAUUUUUUGUUGAAAUUUGUUUCUGAGUAAAAGUGCACAUUUACAGGA